AAAGAGAAGCGAUUGUGACUGUGUCGGCGGAGCAAGCCAGCUAUAACCUUAACACAUAUCCAAAGCACACGCCAUGAGCCGGAUUUGAGGCUGAAAAAAGGAAAACUACUGGAGAUAGUGAGAAAAACUCGAUGAGAAGAGUGUUGGAGCGCGAGAGAGCUGCCUGAGACUGUUUGUCCAAACGGGCAGCGUUUCUCCAUCUAGUUCCGGUUUGUCUGUGUUCUGUGUGCGACUGGGAACCUAAACAAAAGGCUGCCACAAUCCAGAACGGGGAUAUUCUACAACGAAGAAACCUUCCCUUGUUUAAUGAAAACUAAACAAUGAGCUCAUAUUUUGUUAACCCUCUUUUCUCCAAAUACAAAGGAGGCGAAUCACUGGAGCCAACUUACUACGACUGCAGAUUCCCACAAAGCGUUGCCCGUAGCCACACGCUGGUCUACGGACCCGGGGCAGCUGCUUCGGGCUUUCAGCACCCUUCCCAUCAUGUCCAGGACUUUUUUCACCAUGGGACCACGGGGAUCUCCAAUCCUGGAUACCAACAGAACCCCUGCGCGCUGGCUUGCCAUGGAGACGCAACGAAAUUUUAUGGAUAUGAAGCUCUACCGAGGCAACCGCUUUAUGGUACCCAGCAAGAGGCAAGCCUCGCGCAAUACCCAGACUCUAAAUCCUCUAACGGCUCUAACCCCGGAGAAGGACAAGGCCACUUAAAUCAGAACUCGUCUCCCAGUAUUAUGUUUCCUUGGAUGAGACCUCACGCACCAGGGAGGCGGAAUGGAAGGCAAACCUACAGUCGUUACCAAACACUUGAACUGGAGAAGGAGUUUCUCUUCAAUCCGUACCUUACACGCAAGCGGCGGAUCGAGGUGUCCCAUGCCCUGAGUCUCACCGAAAGGCAGGUCAAGAUAUGGUUUCAAAAUCGGCGAAUGAAGUGGAAAAAAGAAAACAACAAAGACAAGUUUCCGGGCCAGAGAGGAGAGGCGGAUGCUGAUGCCGAGGCUGAGGCUGAGGAGGAGGGCAACGAGGACGGUGAAGGGGAAGAGGGGGAAGAGAAAGAAGCGGAAGAGAAAGAGAAAGAGGAGACCAAGGAGUGAUUUAAUGGUCUUUUUAUGGUUAUAUGGCAGAAAAAGUGGAAAAAAAGAGGAACCAUAUUGACGAUGAAAGGAGGGAAGGAGGCAGAGAGCGUCAACUUUAUGGCCACUGUUUUAUUAGUCAACAAGAGAAAGGAAAAAAA